GUCCGCCUCCCUCCCUCUCCGGGCGCCGCACCAGCGCCGGAGGUUCCCAGCAGGUCGUCGCUGGGCCCUCGGAUGCCGCCGGGGCUGGGCCUGAACGCGGGGGAGCUCGGCGGACCGGAGGAGCGUGGGAAGGAGGGAGAACUGCGAAGGGGGCGAGUGAUGGAGGGCCACUAGCAACGAGCCAGCCUCCGGCUGGAGUUACAGAGGGGCCAGAAAUAAAGCAGGAGGCGGGGCUGGGGCAGCGCUUGGCCCGACGGAGAAAGAAGACAAAAUCCCGUUGCGCGUUAAAACACCUGUUCUUCUCCAGCUCGGGAGUCCUGUUGGUGAGGGGGCUGGCGGGCGGCUCUGCUCUCUUGGGGGUCAUAGACUUCUAGGCACAGCCUGUCAACUAGCACAUGUAUGGAGGCGUCACCGGGGACCAAAGCAGUGCAGCUGGCUUAACCCACACAAGCUGGAGUGUAGGCCGGGGGACAGCAAACAGGCAAACAGACUCCAGUGGAAGAGCCCAUCCCUACGGCCCCGGGUGAUUGUGGGUUCACUUCGCAGGUGCACUGGCUGUCGCCAUGGUGUGGGUCCCUGCUCAUGCUGUGGGUUGUAGUAGACACAGCUCUCGCUUUCAGUUACAGUCUGACGCAUUAAAGUCAUGCUGGGAUUGUUUAAAGAAUGUGAUUCAGCCCCAAAAGCCUGAGGAUCAAGCUCUUUUUGGUUUAACUGGGGAUUUUUUUUUUCUUUCGUGGAGCUACAAUUUACUCAAAUGUAAAAAGGGAAGAAUAGAUCUGAGCUAUGGUUACUCUGGCAGAGGUAAAGGGUUGGAUAAAGUGAUAGCGCUGAUGUGCUGUGGGGUCUUCGCCUAAGAAGGGCUUUAUGAAAAGAAGCUGCAAAGAUGGUGUGGGCACUAGCAGUUCUGCAUUGUGGAAUCUGAUGGGCAACGCCAUGGUGAUGACGCAAUAUAUCCGCCUUACUCCAGAUAUGCAAAGUAAACAGGGUGCCCUCUGGAACCGGGUGCCAUGUUUCCUGAGAGACUGGGAGCUGCAAGUGCACUUCAAAAUCCAUGGGCAAGGGAAGAAGAAUCUACAUGGGGAUGGCUUGGCAAUCUGGUACACAAAGGAUCGGAUGCAGCCAGGGCCUGUGUUUGGAAACAUGGACAAAUUUGUGGGGCUGGGAGUAUUUGUAGACACCUACCCCAAUGAGGAGAAGCAGCAAGAGGCCCAGAAGAGGCGAUACUCUCCAGGAGUCCAGCGGGUGUUCCCCUACAUCUCAGCCAUGGUGAACAAUGGCUCCCUCAGCUAUGAUCAUGAGCGGGAUGGGCGGCCAACAGAGCUGGGGGGCUGUACGGCCAUUGUCCGCAAUCUCCAUUAUGACACCUUCCUUGUGAUUCGCUAUGUCAAGAGGCAUUUGACGGUAAUGAUGGACAUCGACGGCAAGCAUGAGUGGCGGGACUGCAUUGAGGUGCCCGGGGUCCGCCUGCCCCGGGGCUACUACUUUGGCACCUCCUCCAUCACCGGGGAUCUCUCAGACAACCAUGACAUCGUUUCCCUGAAGUUAUUUGAGCUGACGGUGGAGCGAACCCCAGAAGAGGAGAAGCUGCAUCGAGACGUGUUCUUGCCCUCGGUGGACAACAUGAAGCUGCCUGAGCUGACAGCCCCGCUGCCGCCCCUAAGUGGGCUGGCUCUCUUCCUCAUUGUCUUCUUCUCGCUGGUGUUUUUCGUGUUUGCCAUUGUCAUUGGGAUCAUACUGUACAACAAGUGGCAGGAACAGAGCCGAAAACGUUUCUACUGAGCCCUCCUGCCGCCACCUCCGCUGUGGCUGUCCCCGUGAGGUGUGGGAGGAACAGGCGCUGGCCUGACCACACAGCCCAGUGGUCUUCUCCAUUCUUCAGCAGCCGGUCAGGGACUGUGUUCUGUCACUGGAGCUUUGAGUUCAGGGACACUGUAUUCCCAUGGUCAUCUGUGAGGACCUCUGACUCUGGUUCAGGAAGCCCACCCACCCCAGGGCAAUGCUGCUGUGAUGUGCCUUUCCCUGCAGUCCGUCCUCUGGGAGCUCAGAGGGUGGAGAUAGGAUCUCCUGGUAUGAUGCCAAGAUCACAGAAAAGAACUUCAUAACCCAGGAUGCCUUGGUGUUGGACUCAGGACCCCUGUGCUUCUCACUUAAAUCUGCAAAGAAUGGAAAACUCCUCAUACCUUCCCGCCAUCCAUUCAUUGGUUUUUGCUUUUGUCUAAGCCUCUGUCCACCUGAGCAGCUCUCCUUGGAAAUCUGGGUGGAAACUUCUCCCUCCUUUUACUGUCCUCUUCACAUGCAGCCUGAGAUCGAGAAGACCUUCCAUGCCUGUCUGUCGGAGCCAGGGCUGCAGAACAAACAUGUUGCACUGACCCUCAUUAGGUGUCCGCAGGGAAGGCUCUCUGCUUUGGCCCACUGCUCUAGCCUUUGCUUGUCCGCGUGGAUCCUGGAUCUGUUGGCGUGUUUGUGAUCUUCCCAAUGAGGCCCUUCCAUUCAGCCCUCAGUCCUGUUUGGCUGGAAGUUGGUGUGCAAGUCAAGAGAAGCUUGGAAGAUCCUGUGGAUGAGUGGGCUGAACUGUGACACUGACCUGCUCCAGGUUUUGACACCAGAAGCAACAUUUGCUGAGUGACCCGACCACAUGGAGAUGUUUCUGGACCAACUGGAGCCUGCUUAGCUGCAUGUUUUGUGUCUGUCAUGGUCUUUGGGACCCUACUUUGAGUGUUGAAAAUGUAAGAAAACUUUUUUCUUAUAAUCUCGGCCUGGAUACUCCCAGGAGGAAAUCGGGCUUCUUUUUCUUAAUGGAUAAGUAAGUUGCCGUUCUCGUGUUGCAAAUCUGGGUCAAUAGGCCCUUGUCAUCUGUGCCUGGAAGAGUUCAUUGUCAUUGAGCAAUAGAGCCUGAGUGUCAUCCUCCAGGGAUUAGCACUUAUUCACUGCCUAUUGGACAAGGGGUCACACACCGCUUCACUCACCCAUCUGCCUAUGAUGAGAUUGGUUGAUAGAGGGCCCAGAGCUGAGCUCUCCUAGCCUGUGCUUCUGUAGCCUAAGGGAGAUUCGUAAAAUGGCUGAUGGAAGCCCAA